CCUGCCUGCCACAGACUGGUCAUGAGAGUGCAAGUGUGGAGGAUGGAAGUGUGAAGGAGGGACAUGAUGGGAAGCUUUUUGACUAGACUUCAGAUUUGUUAAUUUGGACUAAGAACAAAAAAGGUCAAACGUUAAUUUGUAAACAAAUCAUAGGACUGAAAUGGCAGAUAUUGCAAGUGUGCUUGAGAAUCAGAGCAACGCUGCUCCAGACCAAGACGCCAGUGGACGAGCUACGGAGGACACUGCGAGUCAGUCGUGUUUGGUUCCACUUGAAGGAGAUGAUUCUGUAUUUUACAGCGAAGGAGAGGAAAUUCCGCAGCAAACCCUUGACUCCAUUUGGGCUCCACGUUCAGGAGAACCAUUCUGGCCGGAAAAACCUAAUUCUGCCCCUCAGAUUUACAAUUCAGGAGCUCAGGCUUCAUGUCACCGUAUUGGGUUAAUGGAAGCAAGCUCUGAGCUUGACAGUGUUGCGUUGCUGAAAGAAAUGGAAAGCAAAAUGGAAAACAAAGUGAAUAAUACACCAUCUACAGACACUGACGUGCACAUCGAGACAGCGGAUAACAGCCGGAUAAAACACUCUGAAGAGCUUUCAGUGCCUCCAGUCGUACCACUCAGAGGGUCUACUCCAGCCGGAGCCGCACAGAUGAAGGAAAGAGCCGACUCAUACACGGACGAGAGCAGCGACUUUUUGCCUGAUGAGUCCAGAGAAACAGGACUACCAGAAGCAAGCAGUGGGAGCCUGGAGGAAGUGGAACAGGAAGAUGGGCUAGACAUGAUGUAUGAUUCCAACAACAAGCCAUUUAAUCACCUGAUGCAUACAAAGUAUGGAACAGUGUCAUACCGGAGAAUUCGGAGAGGACAAACAAAGAAGAGGAUCGAGAUGUUCGAGUCUAUGAUGCAGCUGUGAAAACCUUGUACAUAACUAACACACACAUACACAUACAUACACACAAACACACACACACACACCCAAACAACAUCUUG